GUCUUGCACGAGGGAAAAGGGAAUGGAUGAAAAUACGUGAAUGAAAACGGUAGGGAUUUUAAAAUAGCCACAAUGACGACAGAAGAAACACCUAACAUCUCAAAGGAGGAAGAAGUGAAACUGAAAGAAUUAUUUGACAAACUUGAUGUGAAUAAGGACGGAAGAAUAGACAUCAAUGACCUUACUCAGGCACUGUCCACCUUGCAAGUUCCACAAACACCGGGUCAUGCAAAGGUUAUAUUUGAUUGCAUAUACAGUUUUUGAACACUGUCCAUUUGGGCUUAUAGCAGGAAUGCGUAUUAGACUGAAGAGUAAUUUAUAGGUUUAAAUCAAACACAAAAUAUUAGGCCUACACGCUUGUGUUUAAUUUUGAAAAGUGUUGUCGACUUGAGAAGGGGUAUGUAAAUUUUGCCCAGUUCCGGAUCACAUUUUCUUCACGAUUGCUGGCGAUAUAAUCUACGAAGAAAAAAAUGUUGAAGGCAUAGAAUUAAAUAUGCUAUAGUGGAAUUGAAAUAUUGAUUUCUAGAAGUAUCUAGAUGUAGUAAAUUAAUUAUAAUGAUUUUAUUUUUAAAAAUGUAUUUUAUGAGGGUAAACUAUGAAAUGGUGGCCGUUUGCAAUGGCUUCGAAAAUAGCCAACUUGAAUUACUGUGGGAUUUGCACCUUGUAAAGAGGUUUUUUGACAAGCAUGACAAAGAUAAAGAUGGACUAAUUGACUUUGGAGAAUUUGUUAAAUAUGUCCGAGACCAUGAGAGCAAACUGCGACUGUACUUCAAAAACAUUGACAUCAAUGAUGAUGGUUCUAUCGACAAAGACGAGAUUAUUGCUUCAUUUAAGAAACUUGGUGUUAACAUUGAUUCAAAUGAGGCAGACAAAUUGGUGUCCAAAAUGGACAAGGAUGGUACCUUAAAGAUUGAAUGGUCAGAAUGGAGGGACUACCUAAUUCUCUCCCCCUCUCAGAGUAUAAAAGAAAUUCUUCAGCACUGGCGCCAUGCCUCAAUGAUAGAUGUUGGUGAGAAUGUCAUUGUACCAGAUGACUUCACGGAAAAGGAAAUGAAGACAGGGAUAUGGAAAACCAAUUUGAUGGCUGGAGGCAUGGCAGGGGCUGUGUCAAGGUCAUGUACAGCCCCUCUGGACAGGAUCAAGGUCAUGUUACAGGUGCAUGGAACAGGCAAGAACCAAUUCGGGGUGAUCAAUGGUUUUAAACACAUGCUGGAGGAAGGUGGUGUGAAGUCACUAUGGCGAGGGAAUGGUGUCAAUGUCAUCAAAAUAGCUCCCGAAUCGGCCAUCAAGUUUAUGGCAUAUGAACAGUUUAAAAAAAUCAUUCAUGGAGACUCCAAAGAAGAACUUCGUGUUGGAGAGAGACUUUUAGCUGGGUCGUUAGCUGGUGCAACAGCUCAAACCAUUAUUUACCCAAUGGAGGUGUUGAAAACCAGACUGGCCAUUAGAAAGACUGGACAAUAUAAAGGAAUUUUAGACUGUGCAAUGAAAAUUCAUCAAAAAGAAGGUGCUGCAGUGUUUUACAGAGGAUAUAUACCCAACUUACUGGGGAUUAUUCCGUAUGCUGGAAUUGAUCUAGCUGUUUAUGAGACAUUGAAAAAAUUAUACAUGAAAAAAUAUGAAAACACAGAUCCUGGAAUAUUUGUUUUAUUGGGAUGUGGAACCAUCAGCUGCACGGCUGGUCAACUUGCCAGCUAUCCCCUGGCCCUUGUGAGGACAAAACUGCAAGCUCAAGGUGCAAAAGCUGAUUCAAUGCUGGGUCUGUUCAAGAAAAUUAUAAAACAAGAUGGACUUACAGGACUGUAUCGAGGCAUAGUUCCAAAUUUCAUGAAAGUAAUUCCAGCUGUUGGAAUUAGUUAUGUGGUGUAUGAAAAAUCUCGACAAUGGUUGCUAAAUUGAAGUUAGGGAUAAAUAGUAAAAAAAAUUCUCAUUGAUACUUCAUGUAUUACAUUAUAAAUGCUGGUAUGUAUUCUUUUUGCAAUUUUGAUGUUGUGAUGUAAAUUCUGUAGUUGAAAUUUGUGAGUAUCUGUAUGUAAAUUCUGUAAUAUUUUUAAAAAGAACUGUUCAUAUAUAUGUAGAAAGAAACAAGUGUUUUCCUGCCAAUUACAUGUAUGAUAUAUUUACCUUAAGCAAUGUAUUUUUGUCAGUAAUAACCUAGUGUAAUUUAUUUCACAUUAAGAAAACCAACUUUUCAACUUGACAUGAAAACCCACACACUACAAGAGUAAAUGCCUAGGUCGUUUGAUGGGGGAUAUGUAAACCUUAAUUUCUGUAUUACCAGCUUUGGUCGGUUUUACAGAUUGUCUUAUGCUCUCAUUGUGUGUGUGUGUGUAUAUAUAUAUAUCCCCGUAACACAAACACAUCUAAACAUUUAUUCUGUAAAUAUAAGCUAUGAAGUAUUGUUGUGUAGAGUAUUGCCAUAAGAUGUAAUAAUAUUCAUUUUACAUGUAAAUCUUGCGUCUUCUCGGCAUUGCAUGCUGGUUUAUCGUAUUACAGAGCUCUGUAUUCAGCAAACUCUAGUGUCAGUUCGUGACAACAACCCUGCUUUACAAAAGUUCACACAAUUAUUGUCUCUCUUGGAUAUAGCUUCGUCAGGCUGAUUUGGAUGUGAUUUACAAGUGUGAUAAUCCUCAAGUAAAAUGACAUCAGCCUGUAUUAUGUAUAUGAAUGUAUUUUAAUGGACAGGGUUAGUUAUUUUCUCAUUAAGACCGCUUCUUUUAAAUGCAGUGUGCAUGGAAUUACUGUUUAUAUUUUAUGUUGUCAGCAGCACGUUUUGAUUCAGAAAGAAUAUACAAUAAAAGAAAAAGAUAUGUUUCUGAAUCAGCAAUAUGUAAAAUGACAACAAGAAAAAAUCACAGGAAAAUAAUUAAGAUAUUGCCUGCAGAUUUAGUUUGGUAGUGCACUCUACUUGUGCAUUUAAUUGAAAGUAAGGGUGUGUGUUUUAUCUUCACUUUGGUGUACGAAGAACAAUAUAUACAUGUAUGUAUAGAAAUUGUAGAUGAAACAGUUUACAAUGAUUGCCAUCAUUUCUGUCUCAGCAAUACAUGCACAUUCAUUGUUGAAAUGAUGUACUAAGUCGCUGCCACUAUAAAAGACAUGAUAUUUUUUAAAAACCGAACUUACAUGUAGAUUACGUGUAUCUAGGUAGAACAGUUCAUUAGAAAAUAAUGUGUGUGGGGAAAAAACCAUUCUGUAUCACGACACAUUUGUCACUAUUAAUUGAAGCAAGACUUUUCUGUGUUUUCGUCACACCACUCUUUUCUUAUCGUACUGAUUAUUAUCAUUUCUGUUAAAAAGGUGCAUAAUUAUGAGAAUCCAAUGUAGUGACAUGUUGAAAAUCAUUUUUGCACUAUAUCAAGCAACUGUGAUAUCAGUAAUCCAUGAAUAUUAUUAAAGUAUAUGCAUAUAUCUUGAUAGUAAAACCAUUAGAAAUUGUUAUCUAAUUCUAUUGCUUCUAAUUAAUUUUUCUAUUUCUUACACAACUUUCAUGACAUAAAAACUUACCAUUCCAGCAUAAUAGAUAAUAUGCCGUAGAAUUCUGUGGGUAUUUUCCAGUAUCAUAGAUGCAUGUAUCGUGGUUUCUAAAUGUUUUCUUUGAUAUACUUUGUGACAUUUGCAUUAUCACUUUUCUUACUUUUAUACUUCUUGAAAUGGUAACACAUUCUGAUCAUUUAAUCCCCAAAGUCCUGAAACAAAGUUGGUGUGUGGCUGUUGCGGUUUAUGUGCACAGUAUUCAAAUUUUCUAGUUAUUUAAAUUACGAACUAGUUUGUAAAUUAUUUAAUAAUGUAGAACAUGGAUACACCAAUGAAUUUUAAACCUAGACUUCCAAUUUCAAAGUAAAUUUAAUUUCUCGUAACUUUUCUGUGGUCUAAAUCCGUGUGUAUUAUCAUGGUAUCUGGUGACACACUUUCCCAUUCCAUGGUUUUGGGUCCACCAUGGUAUGUAAAAAUGUUGCAGCAAGAGAUUACAGCUUUAAAUAGGGAAUAUACUUGAAUGUAUAUGUAGUACAAUAAUUAAUUCAUGAUAAUGUCCCUACUUAUUUGUAUUUUGAUAUAUUCAUAAUAGAUAGAGCUUUCACAAUCCAUAGAAAUCUAUGCAUGUAUAGGCUGUAUAGAAAAGAAAAGGUUAUUUGCAGCUAUCAAGUACUGUAUUGUUUAUGAUCUUUUUUUAAAUACUUUUUUGCAAUGCUAUGUUUCUGUUUAACCUGGAAUUGGAUUAUGCUGCAUUCCAUGAAAAUUGUUGAUUUUUAUUUUUUCACACUGUUAUUUUUUUAUUUAGUUGCAGUGUAGACAUUAAGUGUUUUGUUAUUAUGAAACAGAAGCCUGGAAGUAUAAGGCUCUUCUGAAGAAUAAACUGCUUUCAUAAUAAAGAUUUCUGUCCUGUCACAGAUUCUGAAUAAUAUUUGAUAUUUAGUAAUAAAAUUAUAAAAACUUCA